UCUUAAAAGCAAUGAAAGUCAAAACAUGCAUCAUAAUGUGAGUAAACCCCACUUCCACUUUCCACUUGCCCAAGCAGAAUUAAAUGCAGACUAACUCCCUUGCUGAGAAAAAAAAGAGUUUCUCAACAAAAUCAAAAACAAAGUAUUAAAUGCAGCAGCUGGGAUCCUCACCCACCCUUUACCCCUCAAAAAAUCACACCCUCCCUAAUUCCCUCCCUCUCCCUCUCUCACUCUCUCUCCCUUCACAAAUGGCUAACAAUCCCUUUUCUCAUUCUCUUCUUAUUCUUCUUUUUUUCUUUUAUUCUUCACUCUCAUGUCAUCUUCUUCCAUUCCCUCCUCCCCUGAUCACUUCCCCCACCUCGGCCUCGGCUACUCCAUCGCCAUAGCCCUAGCCUUCCUCUUCCUCCUCUCCACCCUCCUCCUCUCCUCCUACCUCUGCUGCCGCCACAACCGCCGUCGCCUCCGCCACACCACCGCCGCCGCCACCUCCGACGGGGGCAUCGUCCUGCCACGUGUCAUCUUCGUGGCGGAGGACGAGGACGAGGAUGGCAGCGUGGCGGUGGGGUUCGACCAGAGCGUGAUAAACUCGUAUCCGAGGUUCCAGUUCAACAGGGACAACGCACGGAACAAUAAUAUUAUUAACACCACGUGCUCGAUAUGUUUGUGCGAGUACAAGGAUUCGGAGAUGCUGAGGAUGAUGCCGGAGUGUCGCCAUUACUUCCACCUAUGUUGUCUCGAUUCGUGGCUGAAGCUCAAUGGCUCUUGCCCCGUUUGCAGAAACUCGCCGCUUCCGACGCCGCUUUCUACGCCGCUGCAGGAGGUGGUGCCGCUCUCUCAGUAUGCUGCUGAUAGGAGAAGAAAUAGGUGAAUCUUUUUUUACAAAAAAAAUAACUUUUUGGGUUAAUUGGUGAUGUGGGUUUUGCUUUUUUUGUUGUUGGGGUAUUUAAAGUUUUUAACUUUCUUAGUUUUAGAGGUUGGGUAGGUGUAGGGGGAGGGGGAGGGGGAGAAAAUAGAGGGUUUUUAUCUUUUUCUUUUUUGUUUCGAUUUAGCUUUGAUCAUGUGAGGGAAAUGGGAAAAAAUUAUUAGAGCUAGUUGGUUGAUUAUGUAAUUCUUCCAUAGGGCUAUUUUGUUUCGUUUUCCCCCCUCUUUUAAAUAGAUUAAUUCAAGUAAAUGUUCUAGUAAAGAAUAAUUCAAGUAAAUGUUCUAGUAAAGAAUAAUUCAAGUAAA